AGGCUAUAAAGGAAAGGCCAAGCAGGAGAGAGAGGCAUCGUUUUGCUCUCCAAGAGUGGACGGGAUGGAGGUGGUGAACGUGGGAUGCGACCCGUCCGAAAUCUACCGUCCAGAUGUCCAGGAGGAGAAUGGAAAGCUCAAGGAGGACUUCCGCAAUUUCAAGGACGGUCCGCUGAUGGAGCGAGUGUUCAAGACGUACCUGCAGAUGCACACGAACCAGACGGUGGAGUUCGUGCGGAAGAAGAAUGAGGAAUACGGGGGCUGCGGCCUCCGCCGGAUGACCAUCAUGGAAGCCCUGGAUCUGCUGGACAACGUGGUGGAUGAGUCGGAUCCCGACGUCGACUUCCCCAACUCCUUCCACGCCUACCAGACGGCCGAGGGCAUCCGGAAGGCCCACCCAGACAAAGAUUGGUUCCACUUGGUCGGACUGCUGCACGACAUGGGGAAGAUCCUAGCGCUGGUUGGAGAACCCCAAUGGGCUGUAGUGGGAGAUACCUUUCCGGUGGGCUGCCAGGUACAAAGCUCAGUCGUCUUCCAUGACUCUACGUUCCACAACAAUCCGGACACGAAGAACCCUUUGUACAACACCAGGCACGGCAUGUAUCAUCCCAACUGUGGCUUGGAGAACGUCCUGAUGUCGUGGGGACAUGAUGAGUACAUGUACAAAGUCAUGAAAUACAACCAAUUCAGCCUCCCGCAAGAGGCUUUCUACGUGGUCCGGUUCCACUCCUUCUACCCGUGGCAUACAGGAGGGGACUACAUGCACCUCUGCAACGAGGAGGACCUCCGGAUGUUGCCGUGGGUCAAGGAAUUCAACAAAUUCGACCUCUACACCAAAUGUGAAGACCUGCCUGACCCUCAGUCUCUCAAGCCUUACUACCAGAGCCUCAUAGACAAAUACUGUCCAGGUCAGCUAUGCUGGUGAAGGAACUGGUUCCGCUUGCCAAUCCCCCGUUUGACCCAGUUUAACUUGGACUGGAAAUGAACUGAUCCUUUUGGGACUUAACUUUGGUGCAAUCCAGA